GAGACACACGCAGAGUGAAAAUGAGAUAGAAACAUACCAGGACUAGUCAGACAGAGAGUGGGAGAGAGAAGGGGAGAGAGGGAGUGCGGGAAAUAUGAGCGAAAGAGAGGGCAAGCUGGAAGAGGGAUCUGCAUUUUAAGUAGCUAGAGACAGACAGCGAUUGUUUUUUUUUCAUGUUUUGUGCCUUUUUUUUCUUCUCUCCUCCACUCCUCCUCCUCCUCCUGCUUUUGCUCCUUGUGCAAGGCUGAACAGAAAGGGAUCAGAAGAAAAGGAGCUGGGACUCGGAUAAUCUCACCCAGUUUCCCUGCCCCAAGCGUCCCGCCUGCGGAAGGCAGCAGCGGCAUCUGAAGAGGAAGCGAAAGAGAGAGAAAGAGGGGGAGCGAGGAGUGAAAACAUAGAGCGAAAAAACCAGGAGGUACACAAGGCAGUCAUGGAUACCAUAGUGCCUCAGCCAGACACUUGGAUGGCCCGGAUUUGCACAUUGUCGUUGGCCUCUGUCCAGCCCAGCAGCUACUGAUACCAAUGAGAUGGCAGGAGGCUGCGGAGACCCGACCGUGCCCCCCCGAGCUCCAUCCAGGCCAAUUAGAGCUCCCAUGCAGUGUCUCAGCCAUGCUCCCUGGGUAUGGAUUCCCCCCUCUGCCUGACUUCCAGCCUCACCUCCACGCCUUCCACUGCCGCGGAGAGAGCUCCGACAUGUGGAUCCCGGGCUCAAGCGAGCCCCAGGCUCUAAGCGAGCCCCGGGAAGGCAGGCCCCUGCUGCGGCAGCACCACCACCAGCACAUCGCCGUGUGCCAGCAAGAGACCCUGACCUUCAUCGACCUGCCCCAGGCCGACACCAAUGGCUUCCUGGCCUCCCUGGACCCAGCGUGCUCGGUCACCUGCUCCAGGCAGGCCAAAAACUCGAAGGGCCUGGCUGCGGGUCUGUGUCGCAAGAGCAGCAGCAGCAGCAGCAGCGAUGCCGCAACGGACACAGAGCCCUACUUGGAGGGCUCGGACUCAGGGCUGGACGUUCAAAAUAACCACAUGGAAACGUCUCACCGCGACAAGUCAGACGCGGAGAGCCCUGUGCUGGACUUCCUACGGGCCCCUGUGUCUCUCUUCCUGCCCCUCACCCCCUUCCCCGGCACCGGGGACCCGUUAGAACCCCUGCAGCCGGGCUCUCCGUCCUCCCCCGCGGGCUCAGAGGGGCUGGACAUGUGGCGCCCCCACAGGCGCCUAUCUCAGAGCACCGUCAAGGAGAAGUCCAUCCGGCGUAAGAUGCGCGUGUACUCCAGGGACAGCCUGAGUGACGAGUCCCUGAGCAGCCCGGUGCUGGAGUGCGAUUACCUCUUCCCCGGCUCCUUCGAGUCCUUCCUGGAGGAGGAACUGGGUACAGUGGGCUCCACCCUCUGCUCCCGUCCGCUCUCGGGCCUCUCCUCCACCGACGUGUCCAGCGGUGCCCCCACGCCCCCUCUGCUCCCCCCAGCCCCGGCCGCCUCCUCAUUAGAUCCUCCCGAGGAGGACACCGUCCGGAGGGAGGGCCCCGGGGGGACUGUGCUGGUCCCUGGAGGAGGAGGAGGAGGGGGAGCCUCCCUCCUGCUCCACGCUCGUGCGCAGAUGUCGGCGACGGUAGACCCUGAGCGCAGGCGCUUCUCGGCCUCUGAGCUCAUCUCCCGGCUCCAGCUGUCCCAGAGGAAGAACUCCUUCACGCUGAAGCUUGGCAAGUCGUUGUCGGCCCGCGUGGCCUCGCGGGACCGGCAGGCCACCGGCCACCUCAGCUCUGACUAUAAACCCAACUCCAAACACCGCUCCUCUGGGGGGCCCACGGACAGUGCGCCUCACAGCCCAGUAGGCUCUGCUCCCACACUGCCCUCUGCUGACUGGAACCCGCCAAUGCAGCGCAGGAGCUGCAAGCUCAGUAUGAGGAAAGACUCCAUCGAGGAAGAUGGAGACGUCUCUGCUUACACGCGCAGCUCCCACCGCCUGUCUCGAUUCCUGCCAAGCUCCAUCCUGUACCAGGAGUACAGUGAUGUGGCCAUCAAUCGGGAGAUCCAGCGGCAGCAGGGGGCGGAGCCUGGCACUGAGGAGGACCACUCAGGGGACACUCCGUCUCCCAGCAACCUGUCUCCGUCCAGCUCCUUCCGCUCGUCCCGGGGCUCAGCGUUCUCACUGUGGCAGGACAUUCCAGACGUGCGCACCAGCGACCAGCUGGACAACUUCAGCAAUGAGGAACGCAAACUACAAGAGGCCAAGUUUGAGCUGGUGACCUCAGAGGCCUCCUACAUCCGCAGCCUGACCAUUGCCGUGGACCACUUCAUGAUGUCCCAUGAGCUGACUGAGUGUCUGGGCACACAGGACAGGCAGUGGCUCUUCUCCAAACUCCCCGAGGUCAAGGACGUCAGUGAGAGGUUCCUGCAUGAUCUAGAACAGAGGUUAGAAGGAGACAUCCUGCGGUUUGAUGUGUGUGACAUUGUCCUGGUUCACUGUCCUGCCCUGCGCAAGGUCUACCUCCCCUAUGUCACCAACCAGGCCUACCAGGAGCAGACCUACCAGCGGUUACUGCAGGAGAACCCACGGUUCCCUGGCAUCCUGGCUCGACUAGAAGAGGAUUCCAUCUGCCAGCGGCUUCCUCUCACCUCCUUCCUCAUCCUGCCCUUUCAGCGGAUCACCCGGCUCAAGAUGCUGGUGGAGAACAUUCUAAAGAGGACAACGCCGGGCUCGCGAGAUGAGGACACAGCCACUAAGGCCUUUAACGAGUUGAAAAAGCUGAUAAAGGAAUGCAACUCCAGCGUGCAGUCGAUGAAGAGGAUGGAGGAGCUUAUUCAUCUCAAUAAGAAGAUUCACUUUGAGGGCAAGAUAUUUCCCUUGAUCUCUCAGUCACGCUGGCUGGUGAAGCAUGGUGAACUGCUGGAGGUUGACACGCAGACCAUGAGCAUAUCCGGGUCAAAGUUCAAGCUGCCCACCCGUCCUGUUUACCUGCACCUGUUCAACGACUGCCUUCUGCUCUCCCGGAAGAAGGACACGUGGAAGUUCAUGGUGUUUGUCCAUGCAAAGAUCGCAGAGCUGAAAGUGAAGGACCUAAGUCAGAAGCUGCAGGGCAUCACUGGCUUCCUCUUUUACCUGCAACUGUAUGACGGCCAACAACUCAAACACCAGAUCCUGCUCAAGUCCCACACCGAGAGCAACAAACAGAGAUGGAUCACUGCCAUGGUUCCCUCUGAGGCAAAGACUUCCCUUGAACAGGCCAUUGAGAACGAUGAUAUUUCUCAGGUUCAGUGUAUUAAGAGUUACCAGGCUCAAGAACAUGACGAGUUGACACUGGAAAAGGCUGACAUCCUUCAAGCCAAGACCAUCACAAGUGAUGGCUGGGUGGAAGGAAUAAGACUGUCUGACGGUGAGCGGGGCUGGUUCCCCAAGAGCUACGUGGAGGAGAUCACCAAUCGCAGUGCUCGCUUGCGCAAUCUGCGAGAGAACAUACGCAUCAAAUGUGUCACCCAGAAACUGGAAGAGGAAAUCCUAUGAGGGAUCUGUCCACUAACCUCUGUCACCCUCCACCUCAUGUUCCAUAUACUCACAUACAACAGGCUUCACUUAUGCACACACACACACACACACACACACACACACACACACACACACACACACACACAC